AUGGCAUCUUCUUCUGGUAAUAAUCCUGAUGAUUUUGAUCAAUAUUUUGAUCAAUAUGUUGAUCAAUGUAUUGAUCAAACGUUCGAGAAUCUUGUCGCUGCUUAUGGUGGUCAAGAAGAGGAGAGGUCGGAAAGGAAAAAACGUGUUUAUAUCGAAAGAAACCGUGAAGCAGGCCAUAUACGUUUAUGGAAUGAUUAUUUCAGUGAAACUCCCACGUAUCCUGAAAAAUUCUUCCGACGACGAUUUAGAAUGAAUAGGCGAUUGUUCAUGCACAUUGUUGAUCGACUCUCCAACGAAGUUCACUUCUUUCGCCAAAAGAAAGAUGGUCUUGGAAGGCUUGGGCUCUCUACACUCCAAAAGUGUACCGCAGCUAUUCGUGUCUUGGCAUAUGGUACUGCGGCGGAUACGGUCGACGAAUACCUCCGGCUCGGUGAAACUACAACUCGGGCGUGUGUGGAAAAGUUUGUGGAAGGAAUAAUAAAUUUAUUCGGCGCUGAGUACCUGAGGAGACCAACACCCGCUGAUCUUCAACGUCUACUUGAUAUUGGUGAGCAGCGUGGAUUUCCCGGGAUGAUAGGAAGCAUCGAUUGUAUGCAUUGGGAGUGGAAGAAUUGUCCCACGGCUUGGAAAGGGCAAUAUUCUCGGGGUUCGGGUAAGCCAACCAUCGUUUUAGAGGCCGUUGCUUCAUAUGAUCUCUGGAUAUGGCAUGCUUUUUUUGGACCUCCAGCUCCGCAAGUCACUUACUCCGUCAAUGGAAGAGAGUACCAAUUGGCUUACUAUCUCACCGAUGGGAUUUAUCCGAAAUGGGCAACUUUUAUCCAAUCUAUUCAAAUACCACAAGACCCGAAAGCAGUUUUAUUUGCUCAGUGUCAAGAAGCUGCCCGAAAAGAUGUCGAGCGUGCUUUUGGAGUCUUGCAAGCUCGUUUUGCCAUUGUUAAGAAUCCGGCACUUUUUUGGGACAAAGUCAAAAUUGGGAAUAUUAUGAGAGCGUGUAUCAUACUCCAUAAUAUGAUUGUAGAAGACGAAAGAGAUGGAUACACCCAUCUCAAUGUUUCAGAGUUCCAACAUGGAGAAGACGCCGGAAGUUCACAUGUCGAUCUCACGUAUUCUACAGAUAUGCCUUCAAAUAUCGCCAAUAUGAUGGGUGUUCGAACACGAAUUCGUGAUAAACAAAUGCAUCAACGCCUGAAAGCUGAUUUGGUUGAACAUAUAUGGCGUAAAUUUGGAGGUGAUGAAGACAACAACUGA